UAAGCAUACAUGAAUCGACGAAAACACGUCUGGGCCCUGGGGGCCGGUGUAUGACGUCUGUUUGGGUGCUAACUGCUGAUCAUACUGCAUCCUGCUGCAUCGUUCAAAGUUAUCUCUUGCAUUGGUUAACGGAAAAUCCCAAUAUUUAUCUCUUGUUUUUGAUGAAACUUAAAAGGUAAAAUUCAUGGUUCAAUGUACAUAAAUGGUUUUGAAUAUUGGGAAAAUAGUUGCAGCCAAAACCUUACAUCGUAACAUAUGGUUCCAAGGUCGGCCAAAAAAAGCGUCUUUGAACCAGGAAGGAACAGUUAUGAGUCGCAUAGCUUUGAUUUAUCCCAAGCUAGCAAUCUUUAGAAGCCGGACACAACUGACUUCAAGUGCAUCAACUGCAAGAAACUGUGAUCUGAUGAAGAAUCCAUCAUUCAAUACCCAACUCAAUGUUGUGUUGAUGAGUCUCAACAACAUUCAACUAACACAAGUAAACACAUUUUCAAGCAACUCGGUAUCAAACCCAGGUGUCCAAACAGCAAGUACUCUCAUUCAAAAAGAUCUUUUUGAGCUUGCUUCAAAAGCUUUAUUGGAAUUGCAAGAAUCGAAAAACAGCAGUAGUCUUGUUGUGGAGAAAAAAGCGCAUGUUUUCUGUGAUUUAUAUCGAACAUUGCAGCAUUCCGAAAAAAGUCUAAUUCUAAAUCAGUUUGCCUCAAUAUGGAGUGGCAAACAAAACACUACUCUCAAUUCAGUGAAAAAAUAUCUUACUGCACAGGAAAAGGGUGAUGAAGCGAUGAUCAAAGCCGAAGAUAACUUACGCAACACACUUGCCGUUGAACAGAAUUGGAUGUUAUCCAUUUUAGCGAGACAAGAGGGCGGCAUUAAGUUUCUUAUAGAUAUACGAGCGGAUGUGCUGGAACAAAUCGAGUCACCAGAUGCAACCAAUGCGGUUGUUUUGAGGUCUUUGAGCAAUGCCAUCCGUGAUCUAAUUGCCCCAUGCUUCGGAAUUGAUAUGCUUCAACUGGACCGCGUUACCUGGUCUUCCCCAGGUAGUCUACUGCAACAUGUUUCCGAAGGCGAAGCAGUUCAUCCCAUGCGGAGCUGGUCCGACCUUAAGAAACGCCUCGGUCCUUAUCGGCGAUGUUUCAUUCUUUUACAUCCUGCUUUACCAAAGAAACCAUUGGCCAUUUUGCACGUCGCAUUGACAAACGAGAUAUCUAACAACAUUCACGCAAUUAUUACGCGGAAUUUGAGCCAGUCAUUCGAUUCCGAGACAGAUGGUUCCAGGUUGGCAGAUAUUGGUGUUGAAGAUAUAGAUCGUGUAAACACAGCAAUAUUUUACAGCAUCAGCUCAACUCAAAAGGGCCUCGCAGGGAUAGAUUUAGGUCAAUCUUUGAUAAAAAGAGCUCUUCGGGAGUUACAAACGGAAAUUCCAUCUCUACAGCAACAUUCAACGCUUUCUCCCAUACCGGGCUUCCGGUCUUGGCUGCUUCAGCAGCUUCGGGAAACUGAACGUGGGCGAAAAACAGUUUUAACUGAUUUUAAUUGGGGUACGGCUCUUCAGUUAAUUAACAGUACCAAAGAAAAUCCGCUCGGGAUGCUCCGCAGUUUGUUAGUCGAUAGUUCAUGGAUGAGGGAAGAAGCGAAAGCUAAAUUGCUGGAAAAUCCCUUAAUGCGUCUCUGUGCUCAUUAUCUGUUUGUGGAGAAGAGGCGAGGUUUCGCAUUGGACAGUGUUGCUAAUUUUCAUUUGCGGAAUGGAGCGAUGAUGUGGAGACUGAAUUGGGCAUCCGACCUUUCGCCAAGAGGCCUAAAAAAUUCAUUUGGGCUGAUGAUGAACUAUAGGUAUUAUGUGGAUGCUUGUGAAAAAUAUAGUCAACUGUAUGCUGAAAAACAGCAUAUCGAGUCUUCAGAGCAAAUUCGUCUCCUUUCGGGAGUUUCCAACUCGUCAGCAGCUAGCCAAAUUUCUCAUUUGUGAUUUGUGAAUUCAAUCAUGUACUUCUUUAUAAAAAUGCUUUGUUACAAAAGCUAAAAGCUGUUUAAACGUUCGAUUAUUGAGUCUGUUAUAUGUUCUCGGUAAUUCGCAGUUGUUUGAAAUCAAUAUUUCCACUUUUUAAAAGUCUCUCAAAUAUGUACAUAUUAUUAUUAUCGUGUCUGAAUAUAUCCUCAACUUGUCCUGCA